AUGACAACAAAGCGAGUUGCUGUUAUUGGAGCUGGUAUCAGCGGAUUGGUCUCCGUCAAAUGUUGUAACGAUGAAGGACUAAUCCCCGUCUGCUUUGAGCAAGGAGACGAGAUAGCUGGUCUAUGGAACUAUCACGACGAACUGCGCGAUGGAGAAGGAGCCGCCCUCUACGAGUCCAUGAUAACAAACACGAGUAGAGAUAUGACGUGUUUCAGUGAUUUCCCCUUUCCAAAAGAGACAUCGCCUUUCAUGAGACAUGAACGAGUACUGGAAUACUACCGAAGUUACGCUGACAGUUUCGGGCUCCAUCAAUUCAUUGCCUUGAAUACCAAAGUAGUGAAAGUAGAGCCGGCACAGCAUUAUAGGAAGACCGGUCAGUGGAUAUUGCAUUUAAAGAAAGAAGGGCAACCUGUGAAACAGGAAUUGUUUGACGCCGUUAUGUGCUGUACUGGAGUGUGCACUACGCCAUACACGCCCGAUUUUGACGGAUUGGGCGACUUCAAAGGGUUGAUACUACACAGCAACAAGUUCAGAAGAGGUCCAGAUUUUCGUGGGAAAAUAGUAGUGGUGGUUGGUGCUUCCAAUUCGGCCGGAGAUAUUGCCGCUGAAAUCAGUAGAUUUGCCAAACAGGUUUACAUUUCUAUGCGGGAUGGUACGUGGCUACUUCAACGUAUGGGGUCUGGAGCACCUCUUGAUAUGACGCGCAAUAGACGCAUAUACGAACAGCUUCCUGAGUCGGUCAUGAAUAUGAUAUCACAGAAAAUAGUGUUGUCGCAGGUGAACCAUGAUAAACUUGGACUGAAAUCGAACAGACCACUGCAUAGACAUGUGGUCAUGAUCAACGAUGAUAUUGCCAAUCGUAUUUUCUGUGGGGCAGUGAAGUGCAAAACUGCCAUAAAACAGUUGACGAGGAACAGCGUGGAGUUUGUGGACGGCACGGUAGUGGAUGACGUAGACGCCGUCGUAUGUGCUACUGGUUACAAUUUAACAUUUCCAUAUAUAGAUAACGACAUUAUUGCAGACGGUGCUCGUAACAUUGAAUUGUACUUUCGCGUGUUUCCGCCCCGUCUGAAUAAGCCCACCCUCGCUGUCAUCGGAACAGUUCGUGUAUCAGGGCCUGCGGGACCAGUCUCUGAACUGCAAGCAAGAUGGGCAACGCGUGUUUUCAAAGGAGAGUGCAAAUUGCCGGACGAAGAAACCAUGAUGACAGAAGUAAAAACUCGAAAGAGGAAUUUUUUUGAGAAAUUCGGAAAACACGGAGUUGGUGUCUCUUCCAUACCAUAUCAAGAUCAGAUAGCUGAAUUUAUCGGAGCCAAGCCAAAUUUCUGGAAGCUUCUCCUGACAGAUCCUAAACUAGCAUACGCUGUAAUGUUUGAACCAUGCUAUCCAGCAACGUAUCGCCUAACGGGUCCUGGUGUGUGGGAUAAAGCACGGGAAACCAUCAUGAACGCAAGAGAAUGUGAUAGAUCAAGAACACAGUCUUAUCUGCAAUUGAUGUCUCUAUUAGUUGUGCUGUUCUGUGUUUGUUUUGUGGUUGUUCAACGUGUAUAA